AUGCAAUCUGCUAAUGAUCCGAACGGAAAGCGACCAGUGCAAGAUUCAUGGAAAGAUUUGACCAUGUGGGACGCCAUUGAUGAAUUUGAAAUAUCAGAAACUGAAGAGGGAACACAAGCAAUGUCUGUUAGGGGACAGCUCCAUGAAGGAGUGCAAGACUUCAACUAUGAGGACUUAGAUGAACGAGAUGUGAUGUCAAUGAAGUUCAAUACGGAAAACGAAGCUGAAGCCUUCUACGUGAUGCUUGGUCGAGCAACAGGAUUCAGUGUCCGCAAGAGUUAUAAGCUAAAGGACCCCGAAACUGGUCAGGUCAGAUAUAGGCAAUGGGUGUGUAGUAGGCACGGGCUCCGGGAUGAGAAACACAUACAAAGAGAGGAUCGGCAAAGAGAGCCAAAGGCGGUCACAAGAGUUGAUUGUAAGGCAUGUUUCAAAGUAAGGCUUUCAGUUGAGGAGGACAAGUAUGUGGUCAGUAAUAUUGUAAUGCGUCACAACCACAAAUUAGCAAGCCCAACAAGUACGAAGUUCCUAAAAUCCCACCGCCACAUCUCAGAAGCCGACUAUGCUCAAGCGCACGUUCUUCGUCGUGUUGGAAUGAAGACAAGUCAGAUUAUGAAGUUGUUCGUGCUUCAAUGCGGUGGGUAUAACAAUGUUCCUUUCACUAUCAAGGACCUAUAUAAUAAGAUGAAUUCAGAAAGGAUGGAAGAGAUCGCGGAUGGCGACGCAGAAGGGGCCUUUGCAUACCUAUUUGGUAAGAAAGAUGUAGAUCCGAACUUGUAUUUCAAUUUCACAGUUGAUAGUGAAGGGAGACUAUCAAGGUUGUUCUGGAGCGAUUCCAGGUCACGUGAGGACUACAGAUGCUUUGGUGAUGUUCUUGUAUUUGACAGCACCUAUAAUACAAACAAAUACUUGCACCCUCUUGUGGUCAUGUGCGGCAUCAACAAUCACUUCUCCACGUCCAUAUUUGCAUGCUCAACUGUACGCGAGGAAGACGAAGGGGCAUAUGAAUGGGUCCUUAACACUUUCUUGGAGGCGAUGGAUGGGAAAAAACCCAUAUCGGUCGUGACUGAUGGCGCUCCACAAAUGAGAAAAGCCAUAAAAAAAUGUCUCCCCAACACGAAGCACAGAUUGUGCUGCUGGCAUUUGAACCAAAACCUUAACUCACAUGUAGGUAAUGAGGAUUUCAGAGCAGGAUUUAAAGAUUGUAUGUACAACAACUGUUCUAUAGACAAAUUUGAAGCAAAGUGGGCCAAACUGGUAUGUUCGUUCAAUAUGGAGAACAAUGACUGGGUUAACCAAGUGUAUAGAAAGAGGAAGCGUUGGGCACUAGCAUACUUAAGGGGCUAUUUUUUCGGUGGCAUGCGAAGUACACAGAGGUGCGAGAGGAUGCACGCUAUGUUAAAGAUAUACCUUCAUAGGGAGUUAAGGCUAUUUGAGACUCUUAGAGCUUUUGAUUUGGCCAAUGCAUGGCUUCGCCAUGAGGAGGCAAGAAUGAAUGUUGAGACAGAGCACACUAGUCUACUACCAGCAACCGAGACCCACUACUUGGAGCAGCAUGCAGCAGAAGUUUUCACUCGAAGGAUCUUUCUCAAGGUUAGAGCUGAGAUGAGGAGCCAGGGGUUAUACUUCAGAUAUAAUGCCAUGGAUGAUGGAGUCCAGUGCAUUCAUUUUAUUUCCCAUUCCUAUUCAAAUAAGGAGAGGAGGGUUUUAUACAAUAGAACUUCUGGCAUAAUGAGUUGUUCAUGCCUGCAAAUGAAGACCGUAGGACUUCCUUGUAGUCACAUGUUUAGGAUAAUGGUGAUAGAAGGAAUGAAGAAAAUUCCACCUAAUUGCAUUAUGCAGAGAUGGAUGAGAGAUGCAAGACGUGGGAGGAGUGGCAGUCUACGGGAAAGAUCAGAGGUCACUAAUGUUAAUGAAAUGGCAAGGUAUGCUCGUUUGUCUAGUGGUUGCAAUACCAUGUGCUACUAUGGGGCAAAGACUACUACUGGAUACACUCGAUUAUUGAAUGUAAUAGACAUACAAACUGCCGAAAUGAAGACCCUAUCCUUAGAAGAAUCUACUGCUACGGGCAGCUCAUCACAAGCGCAUAGAAAGGGAGAUGCAUCUGGUAAAGUGGGUAUCGGUGAUCCUCAUGCAAACAGGCCGAGGGGUGAUCAGAGAACUAAAGGAAAAGAAAGACACAUCCGCAACAAAUGUGGAAAUUGCGGUGGUUUCAUGUAUAUUCUAACUUUUUGUGGCAGUGGAAGGGAAGGCCAUAAUAAGAGAACUUGUCCCCUGCAUAUAGAAAAUCCCAACGACGACUUGUCUCACGCUCUGGGCAUGUCUCCAGACAUCUUUGAGGGGGUUGGAGCCAAUUCACGGUUCCAACAAUCGGUGGACACUACGAAUUAUACAUGGCUGAACAAUGGUAAUCUUUCUAAUUACCAACCAGUAGAUGACGAGGAGGAGGAAGACAUUGACUUGAAUAGAGAUAUCAUGUAUCCAGCUUGGUGA